UAGAGCAGCGGAAUCGUCCCCAGCCUUGCCUCUGACGUCACUUCAGAUCAGGUCUAAGGAGAUAAUGGAUGUUUCAAGUCCCAGGACCGAAGCUUCAUCGAUGGAGGCCAGUUCCAAGCGGUUUUGCUGUAUAUCUGUGAGGCGUUGCAUCCCUCUGGUAUAUAGAGAAGAGCUCUACCACAUCCUGCACAUGACUGGACCACUGGUUGCAUCGCGCAUUCUGAAUUACCUUCUGCCAUUUGUCAUAACAAUGUUUUGUGGUCGCCUGGGAAACAGUGUGCUGGCUGGUUAUGGAAUGGCCUCAGCUACGAUAAACAUAACAACAGCAGCUACAGGCGGAGGGCUUGCACUGGCAGCUGACACACUUUUCUCUCAGACCUUCGGUGGGAAGAACCUGAUGCGUGUUGGUGUCAUCCUGCAGAGAAGUGUCCUGAUCCUCCUGCUCUUCUGCUUGCCCUGCUGGGCUCUACUCAUCAACACCCAACCAAUCCUCCUCCUGCUAGGUCAAGACCCGGAGGUGGCAAGGAUAGCUCAAAUCUAUGUGGUUUUUUACCUGCCAGCAGUCCCUGCUAUGUUUUUGCAUCAGCUGCAAGUAGCCUAUCUCCAGAACCAGGGUGUGAUUCUGCCUCAGAUGUAUGCAGCCAUUGCAGCCAACAUUGCCAAUUUGAUGACAAACUACAGCCUCCUCAACUGGUUGGACCUUGGCUUAUAUGGAUCUGCAGCUGCCAAUACCAUCUCUCAGAUCUAUAUUUGUGUUUUCCUCUAUUUGUACAUUCGCUGGAAGAAGCUGCACAUUGAUACAUGGGGAGGCUGGUCAUGUGACUCACUUCAGCAGUGGGAUGGGUACAUGAAACUGGCCAUCCCCAGUACCAUGAUGAUGUGCUUUGAGUGGUGGAUAUAUGAGGUUGGAGGUUUCUUAGCAGGCAUGCUGAGUGAGUUGGAUCUGGCAGCUCAACAUGCAGUCAUUAUGCUGGCUUUCAUAAACUACAUGUUUCCAUUGGGCAUUCAAGGUGCAGCAUGUGUACGUGUUGGUAAUGCGCUUGGAGCUGGAGAUACUGAUGGAGCAAUCCGCACCAGCAAAGUGUCCCUCAUCUGCACAGCUGUCUUGGCUGUUUUGCAGUGUCUUGUGCUCGUGUCAACAAAAACUGUGAUUGGUUUCUUGUUUACUUCAGACAGGCAGAUUGUGGCACUCGUUUCCAAACUCUUAAAUGUCUACUGUGUGCUCCAGUUCUUUGAUGGUCUUGUUUGUGUCAGCAUGGGUAUUCUCUUGGGUUCUGGGCAGCAGAAGAUUGCAGCUGUAGCUAAUUUCUUCGGGUAUUACUGCAUUGGACUUCCACUCGGCACUUCUCUCAUGUUUGCUGCAAAAUUAGAUGUUGUUGGCUUUUGGCUGGGACUUCUCAUCUGUGUGUGUGUGCAGUCCAGUUUUUUCAUCACAGUGAUUUUUAAGCUUAACUGGAAGAGAGUGACCAAAGAGGCAGUGGAACGAGCUGGAAAGAGUAAAGUCUCUGAAGUGACACCUCCUGAUAGUGUUACAAAUGGCCUGAUCUGUCCUGUUGGUCCUACAGCAAGGCACAGUGAGAACAGGGAUGAGUAUAUGGGUGUGAGCUCUCAUGAUCAGGAUGAGAUACACAACAAUACUGUGGCACAAGAGAAGGAAAAGCUCUCUACCUUUCAGCUCAUCCUCAGGAGGGGUCUGAUCACCUUUGCUGCUGUGCUCAUCCUAGCUAUAGGCAUAGCUGUUCAUCUCAUUGUGCCUUUGCCAGAGAUUCCUGAUACUGUUGGGGCAAAUACUACUUUGGACUUAAAUUUUACCACAAAUUCCCCUCUCAUUUAUUCAACAUCAGUUUAAAACCAGAGGCCAGUUUGAUGUUUAUAGUUGAUGCAUAACAUGUUGCAUGGACAUUUUAUUUUUAUUUUUAUAAUAUAUAUACAUCAAGAUUCUUGGUGAAUAAUAUAUAUAUAUAUAUAUAUAUAUGAACGCACAUGGGAGUAUAAUUUAGCUGGUGUAAUUGGUCACCAUUUAAUUUUUCAUUUUAGAUGGUCCUCUGGUUUGACAAAUCCAUUUUUUAAAGAUUAUAUAUAUUAAUAAGUUAAUUAUUAUUAAAUAAUAAUAAUACAAUUAUAUAAUAAUAAAAAAGAAGAAUCAGAAUGAGCUUUAUUGCCAAGUAUGCUUACACACGCAAGGAUAUUGACUUUGUGAGAAGCUUCUGGUGCACAGAGAAAAACAACAACAAUACACAGAUAAAAAAAUGAAGAAAAAAUAAUUGCAUAAAAUAUAUAUAGAACACACAAUAAUACAAAUAUAACGUAUGUACAAAUAUAUUGUGUAUUCUUACACAAAAGUAAUUUUUAUAAACAUUAUAAAAUAAUUAUCAAAAUUAUAUAAAAAAUUAUAUAAGUAUAGCAUGUCACACCGCAGGACAUCUCAA